AGCUCUACAUUUCAGUCAAAAUCUUUCUCGUGCGACAGACCCCGUGUCCGCAGCAAAUGCUAUCUUGCAAUUCGCAGAACACUUCCGACAAAAUGACCGAUGACUCUGUCUAGCCGCGCCGGAAAACAUCACCUCUUAGCCUCGUUCAAGUUAAAGAUCCGAUCUUUGAUCACCCUCAAAACCGCUUCUUUCUCUCCCUUAGCAGCCGAAGACCCACGUCCGGAUUCGAGCGAUGAAUGCAAUUCAGCUAGUUUUCGUGAUUCCCAUGUCCCCAGAACCGCCCAGUUGGGAUCCUCCAGUGACUUGAGUGAUCAGCGUGAAUUAGAUGACAUAGUCGAGUCAAAUAAGGCGAUCUCUCGGUGCCUUCGAGCUAAUGACUUGGAUUCUGCUCUUAGAGUGUUCAACGGCAUGAGAAUCAAGUCACUCGUCACUUGGAAUUCGAUUCUUGCUGGUUAUGCAAAGAGACCUGAGAAAUUUCAGGAAGCCCGCAGGAUGUUUGAUAAAAUUCCCGAACGAGAUGGUGUUUCGUAUAACAUCAUGUUGGCUUGUUAUUUGAGGACUUUUGGCGUGAACACGGCCCAGGCUUACUUCGAUAAAAUGCCAGUUAAGGAUGUAGCCUCUUGGAACACGUUGAUAUCGGGGUAUGUUCGGAAGGGGGAAAUGGGUCGGGCAUGUGAGUUGUUUUCUGCAAUGCCCGAGAAGAACAGUGUCUCGUGGAGUGCGAUGAUAUCUGGGUAUGCGGAGUGUGGUGACUUGGAGUCAGCAGUGAGAUUCUUUGAGGCUGCACCGAUUAAGAGUGUAGUGGCUUGGACAGCCAUGAUCAAUGGAUAUAUGAAAUUUGGAAAGGUCGAAGUUGCGGAAAAGCUAUUUCAAGAGAUGCCUGACAAAAAUUUGGUGACAUGGAAUGCAGUUAUUGCAGGUUAUGUUGAGAAUAGCCGUGCGGAGGAGGGUUUGAAGCUAUUCAAUAACAUGAUGGGAUAUGGAAUAAGACCGAAUCCUUCGACUUUGAGCAGUGUUCUACUGGGCUGUAGCAAUUUGUCUGCCUUGCAGUUGGGUAAGCAAGUUCAUCAAUUUACCAUUAAAAGCCCAUUAAGUAGUGACACAACCGUGGGCACUUCAUUGAUCAGCAUGUAUUGGAAGUGUGGAGAUUUGAGGGAUGCUUGGAAGUUGUUUCUUGAGAUGCCUCAUAGGGACCUUGUCUCUUGGAAUGCGAUGAUAUCGGGAAAUGCUCAGCAUGGUUCAGGACAAGUAGCUCUUACUUUGUUUGAUGAGAUGAGAAAUGAGGGAAUUAAACCAGAUUGGAUCACUUUCGUCGCUGUAUUAGUGGCUUGCAACCAUGCAGGUCUGGUUGAUCAAGGAGUAAAGUAUUUUGAUUCUAUGAUGAGAGAUUAUAGAGUUGAAGUGAAGCCGGAUCACUACUCCUGCAUGGUGGACCUCCUUUGUAGAGCUGGCAAAUUAGAUGAAGCUGUAGAUUUGAUCAACAGAUUGCCUUUUAGACCCCAUUCAGCUAUAUUUGGAACCCUUUUGGGUGCAUGCAGGAUCCACAAGAACUUGGAGUUGGCUGAAUUUGCUGCCAAGAGCUUGCUUAAUCUUGAUCCUACAAAUGUGACUGGUUACGUUCAAUUGGCCAAUGUUUAUGCAGCAAUGAACAGAUGGGAUAGAGUCACUGAGGUUAGGAAAUCGAUGAAACAACAUAAGGUGGUCAAAACACCAGGCUAUAGUUGGAUUGAGGUAAAAAGUGUGGUUCAUGAGUUCAGAUCAGGAGACCGGAUUCACCGGGAGCUACCUUUAAUACACUCAAAACUGGAUGCCUUGGUGAAGAAAAUGAGACUAGCUGGAUAUGUGCCAGAUCUUGAAUGUGCAUUGCAUGAUGUGGAAAAAGAGCAGAAAGAGCAGCUUCUCCUUGGACACAGUGAAAAGUUGGCUAUUGCUUUUGGGCUUCUAAAGCUUCCACCCGGAAUACCGAUCCGGGUUUUCAAGAACUUGAGAACCUGUGGGGAUUGCCACAGUUCUGCAAAAUACAUAUCCGCAAUUGAAGGUAGAAAGAUUAUUGUCAGAGAUACCUCGAGAUUUCAUCACUUCAAGGAUGGAAUUUGCUCCUGUGGAGACUAUUGGUAGGAACGUAUGCAGAUUAUCUGCUCAUGGUUAUCCGACCUGCAUAGAUGUCUUUUGUCAGUAGUGAUGAUUACAAGAUAAUGCAUCUUUUGACGACUCAAUCUUGCUAUGAUUGUCGCAAGUUUUCAGAUUCCAAAAUUCAAAAACUGGAUCUCCCUUAUCACCACCUUCCAGUUGGAACUUGUCUGGAGAGAUCACACUGGUGCGAGGAGCAGAUUGAAUUUAUCAACUUUGACGAAGCUCGAGAGCAAGGGGCGUGAAUUGGCAUAUUUUUCGCAAAGAUUGACCUCAGUACCAACAUUUGCUUUUGAGGGUGCGAGAAGGUUUGCACAUGCGAGAUUCCGCGAGGAACCGAAGGCAAUCGAUUCAAAGUUCCUAGAAGCCAGUUUGUAUUAUAUUCAGCUUCUAGACCAUCGUGAUUUCGCCUACUGCACAUCGGAGUUUUGAGUUCAGGCCUAAUACUCGACAGGUUUUAACUU